UGUAAGGCUGCAGCACGCAGUUGCCAAUAUAGUCGGAUGUACACCGCACGCGUUUAUCAAGGUGAAUUCUACGACUGAAUCUCAUCGCGAUGAGGAUAUCACUUUUUUUGGCUCUUUUUUUUACGAUCGCUCGUGCCGAAGAUAAUAGUAGUUACUAUGGAAAGGCAUUAUCCGCGUGUAUGGCAGACAAAGGCAUAACCGAAGAAGUUUAUAUAAAAACUGAUGAUACAAAAUCACUUUGCUUGACAUUAUGCGCUUAUGAGAAACUAGGCUCAAUUAAGGAUGGAGUCUUCGUCCCGCAAAAAAUUACCGAAAACUUGCUAAACGAUCGUAUAGGUAGCGAAGAUAGAGAAGAAGUCAUGAAUCUAGUCAACAUAUGUAUAGAAGCAGCUAAAAAUAUUAAAAAACUAUGCGACAAAGCCGAUUCAGUGGAAGAUUGCAUUUUAAAUAACGGAAGCAAAUAUGAUAACGAGGAAGAUGAUACAAGUUUGAGUAAAGAAGAGCAACGGAGUACAUCGACUGCGCGACCAUCGUCUACAACUCAAAAGCUAACGUUGACUGCGAGAGCUGCUCCGGUGGCCGAAAAACUUACGACUACAACGAGAAAUUCUAAUGUUAAAAAUCAAAUAUCAAAAGUAAUACUAACUUAAAUAAAUCGCUGUUUUUUAAUAAAUUACCAAUUUUAUGUUCCUUCCUCGGUGCAAAAGCUCUGUAAUACUCGAAAGCGAGUUUUUGUACUAGGUGUUGUACAAUAAUUUUGUUUAUCUAAUUAUAUAUUAAACGGCUGUAAAAGUGG